UCCGUUGUGCACGAUCUGGAAAAUAUCUUUCUCUAGGGUUCGGUUUAGGUUUACAAAUUACAAGUCAAAGUGCCCGAAAUGUGGUGUUACGAGUUCAGUCGAAUAAGCCAGUUUUGAUCUUCUAUUUAUUUCCGUUUUUUUCCAGAACUAUUAAAAACAGAAAUCAGAGGAGAGCCAAAAAAAGAUCCCCUCAAUAGUCAAUGAUCAAUAAACGAAUUGAAAAAAUCGCUCCCCUCAAAAAACGCUCCCAGUUUUGACAAGAAGAGUGAUUUAGAAAUUAAGGAGAGUGAUCUGAUAUUAAGGAGAGUGAUUAGUUAAGUGAAUGGGAAAUGGUUCUAAGAUCAAUAACUGCAUUCCUGGUUUCAUGAAUGAUAAUAAACCCCCAAAGACUGGAAAGGAGAGUGAUUUUCAGUUUUAAGAUGAGGGAAAAAAAACUCCCCUCGGUUGACAUUCAGAUACAAGUCCAUGAAUAUCAUUCUUGUUAAAGAUGAGUAACCUUGAAGCAUCCGUAGGUGCAAAAGCCAAAGAUAAUCUUGGAUUGAAUGGGGUGAAAUGUAUUAUUGAUGGAAAUGAUGUUGUUUAUGCUAAAGACUGGGCUGUUUUAUUACACAAUAUACAAGUGCAGGAUGACGGUAUGAGUGAAAUAAUAGUCAACAUCUGUGAAGACUAUCAUAGACAAUAUGGCUGUGGUAUAAAGACUAUGUUAGCUAUGGUAUAUCUAUUAUCACACUCAGCACACAACUUAAUACAACAGAAUGUUCCUCUUUAUUGUGUCAUCAAAUUAAUGAGAGAAGCUAUCCAUGAUUGUAUUGAGCACAUUAAUACCACUACCAUUCCUUUCAAGCUCAUCAACUCAAAUUCCAACCUGAAGGUAGACUCAAUAAAUGGAGAUAACCCAUUUGUGACCCCCAAGGAAGGCACAACAUAUAAAGAUAAAUCAGUUGCAGUAAAAGGAGAUAGCAUAUAUGUAACCUUGAACGAAAAAGCAAUAAAUGAAAAAGAAAGUAAAUUUUUAGUAAAAGAGACAUUUGAAAUUCAAGAUGGAGUUGGUUGUAAUGUCUCCAGUGAUUUUUUAGAUGUUCCUCUUCAGUUUAAGACUCCGUCUGAAUUGAUGCAGAAUGUCCAGAAUGACAGAUCAGAAAUGAAAAAAUUCAAUGAUAAUGAAGAUAUAGUGAAUUGUAAGCCGGUUCUUUUAGAAAUGAAAACAUUAAAAAGUCAAGAAGAAUUAAUAUCUGAUAACGAGGAUAUUUCUUGGUUCUUUGAAAAUUCAACAAAUCCACUGACUUCAGAGGGUUCAUGUGAAAUCCUUGAGACUCACAUUGAAAAAAUGCGUAAAAUAUCCUUUUAUCAAAAAGAUGGAAAUUUCAGUAUGUUGACAUCCAGUGGAAAAUGUCAAUAUGAUUCUGAUUUUGAAGACUGUUUUGAUGAUGAUGAUGAAGAGGAAGCGAAAGAACAUGGUGAAGAUGAAUUGGACUCAUGUUUUAAUUCUGCCCCUGAGAGUGAUAUUCCCACAAAGUAUGAAAUAUUAGAAACUCAUAACAUUUCAAAGAGUGAUAAGAGUUUUCAAAUCAGAGCAUUAGAUACAUCUUUAAAAAAUUCACAAAGUGAUCAAAACAUAGAAAAGAAUGAUGAUUCCAUUGGUAAUCAUCUCAAAACAAAUAAACUUGAAUUGUUUGAAGAAGAUAAAACAACUAGGAAUUGUUCUGUAGAAGAUCAAGAUAAAGUUGAUAAUCCUUAUAUAGAAACUCAGUAUAAUUCAUCAAAAACAAGUAGUGAUAUGAAACGUAUUGAUAAAGUUGAUAAUCUUAAUAUGGAAACUGAGUGUAAUUCAUCAAAAACAAGUAGUGAUAUGAAACGUAUUGACAAAUUAUUACAUGGCUUGUCACUUCGACAACCUUCAUCUUUAAAGUCUGCCAAAACUGUGUUGAAUUCAAGUCGCCAUUUUAAAACAAAUGGCCAGCUUUCUUUGAAUUAUCAACCAGAUGCACAUACUGAAAGUGCAUAUAAUCUUGAAGAGGAAUCAAACCAAAUUGAUAGGCUUUUAAGUAAUUCUAGCUGUCAUUUAAAAACAUUUAAAGCAAAUAAAAAACAUGAAACUAAGAACAUUUUAGACAAAGAUCUGAAUUUAAAAAAAACAAAUGAUUUUCCUACUAACUUUAGUGGAAUACUGGAAAAGCAACCCUGUUUAGAAUCUGUUCAAAGCACCCCCACUAAGAAAUCACAGUUUGUGAACAUGACAUUUAAACCUUUAGAGGAUGAAUACAAAGAUACUAGAGCUAGACUUUGUAUUGAAGCUCUUGGUAGAGGAUUAAGCAGAGGCUCCAAUAUGAUGAAAUAUGCUGUCGACUGUUUGAGAAAACAGAUUUCUGAAGAUUAUAAGACGUUUCAUACACGUCUUCUCAAUUCAUGUUUAUUAAUUGGUCCAAAUCCAGAUUUUACCAGGCUUGUAAAUGGCUUGGUUUUACCAUGUACAACAGAUGACAUAUUAUUGAUGAAGAACAAUCAUCCAGUCAGAUCAUUGUUAUUAACUGGUGAUUUAGUGUAUAAUCAACAUCAUAAAGGCUAUAAGCAAAAUUUAAAAGGCAUAAUAACAACUCAAUCAGUGGCAAAAAUAUCCCAAAAAGAUCUGUGGAUAUCAGAAACUAUAUCUGUUCUAAAUAAGCUAUCUGUUAAUUUUUUAUUUGUCAAAGGUAAAUCAGAUGUCAAAUUAAAGGAUGCACUUCAGACUCAAAACAUAAUUAUAUUAGAUUCAAUACCUUAUAAAGCUCUAGAGAUUUUAAGUUUUACAACAUUAGCUAUUCCACUGGUAUAUAUACAUGAAGCGAAUGAGGGUAAUGUAUGUAAAAAUAUAAAUGUUUUACCAUAUGAUGAAAGUUACUUGAAUUCAAGACAUCACUCAACAACUCAAUUUCAAGUUACUUGUCCUUCAUAUCCAGUUCAGACUUUAGUUAUUUGUCAUCCGUGUCAGUUAGGAUGUGAGGUGAGAGAACAAGAGUUCUGGGCAUGUAUAAACAGACUGUAUGGUGCUAUGAAUGAUAGUAAGAUAUUACCAGGAGGUGGAAGAACUGAAGAGAAAUGUUAUCAGUUUCUUCAGACUAAAGUCAAAAAAGCUUAUGAAGACAUUGGGGAUAAAUUGGAUGAAAUGACUUUAUUUAAACCUGUGGUGUUUGAAGAAAUUUCUAAUGUUUUUAAGGAAUACUUCAAAACUGUUCAACACAAUCAGAAUAUGUGCAGCUCUAGUUGUCAUGGAGAUAAUCUGCAUAAUACAUGUAUGUCUCUUCCGGAAAUUCAAGGUGGCAUUGACUCAACAAAUAUAAAUUUUUCUGAUACAUUUCAGUCAACAGACAACUGCCACAAAAAUCAGAAAGCUUACCAGAUUGAACCCUCUAAAUUCUUGUCAAUGGAAUCAAGCCGUCCAAUAGAAAACUGUGUUACAAAUUGUGUGUUUGAUAAUUUUACAUGUAAAGUGAAUUGUUGGAAGAAAGUUGUAGAAACUAUUGUAGAUAGUAUUAGAACUGAUGCCAUUAUUAAAACUGGUGCAACAAAUGAAAACUGUGAUAAAUUUCCGUCUCUUCAGAUUCAUUCCAUCAAUAAAACUGUUUUAUAAAAAAAA